AUGGGUGGCACCAAGUUCUAUCAGAACUGGGUUAGAGACUUGUUUGAUGACUAUGUUAUUUGGAGUGCAGACGAUGGAACCGAAUGGCAAAUCAAAAAGAAGCUCUCUGAGCGCGCGAGCUUCUACCCGGCGGAGAACAAUGGGGAACUCACUUGGAACGGAUGCAUCGUCAAGAUUCGAUUACAGGUCCCACCUGAAUACCCGGCAAGCUUGAAGCCAGAGUCUAGGAGAAAUUUUGCUUCUAUAGAAACAUCUCAUUUUAUAGAUAUGGAGAUUGCAUCUCUACGUCACUUUAACAAAGUAGGCAGUAAAGCGACACCAAGAAUUAUUCACUUAAAACGGUCGCUUCAACGUGAUCACUACCCUGUCCCAGGAGGUUAUAUUGUGUUCAUCAUAAUGGAAAAGGUUCCUGGAAUAACACUGUCUGAGUUUUGGAGUUACGACCUGGCCAAACGUGACAAGAUUCGGGCUGCUUUUCGUGAAACCUUGACGGAGAUAUGCCGCAAUCAUGGCUUUAUAGGUGAUCCUCAUCUCGGAAACAUCAUUUAUGAUGAGAAGAAGAAUAAAUGCUGGAUUGUGGACUAUGAGGAUAUUUACAUCUGCAAGGACAGAAAGCCAAAGACGUUCUCGGAGCAUGUUUAUCUUUAUUGGGGCCUUGCGUCCUCAAACAACUAUGGAAUUAGAUGGUAA